CUUAUUACCAUUGCUCUCUCUCACUUUCUCUCAUUCAUGUUUCGUUGAGUUUAUAGGUUCGUAUGAUCUAUGCUUGUUGUUUUUUUCCUCCCUUAAGAGCGAUGCGCAAAGAAAGCUUAAUGCGGAGGACGGAUUGAAUACGAGAGCAACUUAUGUCCAAACACAUGGGCUGGUGAAGCCAAUAGCAAGAAGAAGGUAUGCUAGAAAAGUAGUAUUUGGUGAAGUGAUUAACUCUGAGAUGAUGAUGAAAGCGUUUUAGUAUUAGAGACAUACAUUAUGAAGCUUUCAAGGGAAAUCAAGAACCAACAAAGGAAUAUCAUGUUUAUUAUGUGAUCGCCAGAAAAUGAUGGCAUUGUCACUCAAAUAACAUUCAUCAAGCUACAAAAAAUAUUCACUAGAUCAACUGAACAACUCAGUUCACAACACUCGAUCAAAUUUUAUUACAAAGAGAGAGAUCAGAAGAUUACUCCUUCUGACUUCAAGGUUUGAAAGCCAUGGCCGGUGGAGCUCUUACUGACGAAGGAGCCCUAAAGAGAGCUCAUCUCUAUGAACAUCGAAUAACUUCUUACUUCAUCUUCGCUUGCAUCGUUGGAUCCAUGGGAGGCUCUCUCUUCGGCUAUGAUCUGGGAGUCUCUGGUGGUGUUACUUCAAUGGACGAUUUCUUGAAAGAGUUCUUCCCAGGAAUCUACAAAAGAAAGCAAAUGCAUCUGAACGAAACAGAUUACUGCAAAUACGACAAUCAAAUCCUCACACUCUUCACUUCCUCUCUCUACUUCGCCGGUUUAAUCUCAACUUUUGGAGCUUCCUAUGUCACCAGAAUCUACGGCAGGAGAGGAAGCAUCCUUGUUGGCUCUGUUAGCUUCUUCCUCGGAGGAGUCAUUAACGCCGCCGCCAAAAACAUCCUCAUGUUAAUCCUUGGUCGAAUCUUCCUCGGCAUAGGCAUUGGAUUCGGAAACCAGGCGGUUCCGUUAUACCUCUCGGAGAUGGCUCCAGCGAAGAUUAGAGGAACCGUGAAUCAGCUUUUCCAGCUAACAACUUGCAUUGGCAUUCUAGUUGCUAAUUUGAUAAACUACAAAACAGAGCAAAUCCAUCCAUGGGGAUGGAGACUCUCUCUCGGUCUCGCCACCGUCCCAGCUAUACUCAUGUUCCUUGGUGGACUCGUUUUGCCCGAAACACCCAACAGUCUUGUCGAGCAAGGGAAGCUCGAAGAGGCUAAAGCCGUACUGAUCAAAGUACGUGGCACAAACAAUAUAGAAGCUGAGUUUCAGGAUCUUGUCGAAGCCAGUGAAGCUGCUAGAGCCGUAAAGAAUCCGUUUCGCAAUCUUCUUGCUCGGAGGAACAGACCACAGCUAGUGAUUGGAGCGAUUGGGAUUCCUGCGUUUCAGCAACUAACCGGAAUGAAUUCGAUUUUGUUUUAUGCUCCGGUUAUGUUUCAGAGCUUAGGGUUUGGUGGAUCCGCAUCACUUAUCUCGUCCACGAUUACAAACGCUGCACUCGUUGUCGCGGCGAUCAUGUCUAUGUAUUCUGCUGAUAAAUUUGGAAGAAGGUUUCUUCUUCUUGAAGCUAGCGUGGAGAUGUUCUGUUACAUGGUUGUAGUAGGAGUAACACUAGCCUUGAAGUUUGGGGAAGGCAAAGAGCUACCAAAAUCGCUCGGUGUGAUUCUUGUGGUCCUUAUCUGUCUAUUUGUAUUGGCGUAUGGUCGGUCAUGGGGUCCAAUGGGAUGGUUAGUUCCGAGCGAGCUUUUCCCUUUAGAGACUCGAUCAGCCGGUCAGAGUGUUGUGGUGUGCGUAAACCUUUUCUUCACGGCUCUAAUCGCGCAGUGCUUCCUCGUGUCGCUGUGCCAUCUCAAGUAUGGAAUAUUCCUUUUAUUCGCUGGACUUAUAUUCGGGAUGGGAAGUUUCGUUUACUUUCUGUUGCCGGAGACGAAACAGGUUCCUAUUGAAGAGGUUUACCUUCUUUGGAGACAGCAUUGGCUAUGGAAGAAAUAUGUAGAGGAUGGUGAUGAAAAUGGUCAAUCGGUAAAUGAGUAAAAACAUUUUUUUUUGUCAAAAAAUAAACAUUUGAAAAUAUGAACAUUUUUUUUGGGUCAAAAAAUUGUAUAAACAUGUUAAAUUCGUUAGUUUAGCAGCAUAAAGUACCGAUAAUAGUUAUGCUUAUGAGAGAUACUCCCUCCGUAUCAAAAAGAACGAUGUUUGAGGUUUUAUUCUUGUAUCAAAAAGAUUGAUUUUCUGUAGUAUA